GAAACCGAACCCCCCUCUCCCCCCUUCCCUUUUACGACAAGAAGACCGACCGCGCGGGUUCUGGCCGCUACUGCCGCCCACCCCGCCCACCCCGCCUCAACUGACGACGUUGGAACUUGCACGCAAAGACCGGCGUCAUGUUGUGCCGGAAGCUUCUGUUCCUGGCGCUCAUAGGCCUCACUGUUGCAGCCCCUGAUAAGCCUCUAAGGAACAAUGGAGACGACUCAUCUGAAGAUAAAAUUUUCUUCAUUUCUCGCAACUCUCGUGCACGCUCCCAUGGUGGCCGCCCUGGGUUUACUGUAAGAAAUGGUGGCAGACUCCCAGUCUUUACAGGACAUGCUAAGCCACGAAUUAGAAUCUCAGUCAAGCCCCCAGCUGGGAUAAUUGACACAAGUGCUGUUAGAUCCUCAGCAGCACUUGGUGGCAGUGGUCUGAGGUCCUCAGCAGCACUUGGUGGCAGUGGUUUGAGGUCAUCAGCAGCUUUUGGUGGCAGUGGUGUCAGGUCCUCAGGAGCAGUUGGUGGUAGUGGUGUUAAGUCUUCAGCAGGAGCAACUGGAGGAAGCGCUGUAAAAUCAGCAGCUGGCGCUGGCUUCCAAGGAUACUUUUACCCGAUCCCAGAGAAUCCCCUCCUUUUAGAUGGGUCUGCAGCAAAGCCAGCUUCAACACCAUCUCUACCAAACCAAGUGCCUUCACAAUCCUAUGGCACUCCAUCCUCAUCACACUCUGCUUCUACCAAUGGAAAGAAUGAUGUCGAUUUAUCCAGUGCAGUCCCAAUAAGUGCUGAUGAGGCUUCGUCGGGAUCUCUCGGGAAAGCUAUUGCCCAGAUACUGUCCAAGCUGACAGGUGGCACGGUCCAAUCAAUCAGUGGCAGUUCUGGGUAUGAGCCUCCAUCUGGCCCAGUUGGUAAUGUUAACUUCUUCACAGCCUCAGGCCCAAAGCAAGUGAAUGCUGGCUCCAGUCCUUCUAAAAGACCAGUCAUCUUACAACCAAGAGUUGAAACUCAUGCUUUUAUUGCUGUAUCACCUACUGCAACAAAACGACCCAGUACAAAAUAUAGUGCACCAACUGCAGGACAUGCUGUUGCUUCACAGCCAAUUGCCCCUGCACCAGCUCCUAGUACAGGCUAUGGAACACCAUCGGCAGGACAUGCUGUUGCUUCACAGCCAAUUGCCCCUGCACCAGCUCCUAGUACAGGCUAUGGAACACCAUCAGCAGGACAUGCUGUUGCUUCACAGCCAAUUGCCCCUGCACCAGCUCCUAGUACAGGCUAUGGAACACCAUCAGCAGGACAUGCUGUUGCUUCACAGCCUACUGCUCCAGUGCCUUUACCACAACAGCCCAGCACAGAAUAUGGUACACCAGUAGGUGGUCAUGCUGUUGCUUCACAGCCUUCUGCUCCAGUGCCUUUACCACAACAGCCCAGCACGGAAUAUGGUACACCGGUGGGUGGCCAAGCUGUUGCAUCACAGCCUACUGCUCCAGUGUCUUUACCACAACAGCCCAGCACAGAAUAUGGUACACCAGUAAGUGGUCAUGCUGUUGCUUCACAGCCUGCUACACCUGCACCUGCUCCUAGCACAGAAUAUGGUACACCAGUUGGUGGUCAAGCUGUUGCUCCAGCUCCACAACCUGUUGCCCAACCGCCUGUCAGUGGGCAAGCUGUUGCAUCACAGCCUUUUGCUCCAGCCCCACAUCCAUCUACUUUGUAUGGUGUCCCUGUAGCACCACACUCAACACCUGUUCACUCUGAUGUUCAAAUAGGUGGUUCUGCAGUUGCUAGUCCUUCCCAAGCAGGCCUGCCUAUUCCAACUCAUAGUCCUUCUCUUCCUGCCCCCACUACCUUUGCUGCUGCCCAUGGUGCCCAAAGUGGUCUACCACCUCCAACUCCACCUGUCCAGGAACAGCCUAGGCCUGCUGCCCAAACACCUACUCAAGCUGGCCCACCUUUCAUCCCAACAGCUCCUUCUUUCACUACUCCUCCCCCAACAUUCUUCACAUCUGCCCAAACAUUUGCCCCUGCUUCACAAACAUUCACUACACCAGCUCCUGCUACUGCUCCCACUGCCAUAACGUUUACAACCCCUGCCCCAACAUUCACCUCUGCUCCCCCAGCAGUCACUCCUGCUGAUACAACUCCUACUUUUGAAUUCCACACUCAACGAUUUGAAUUUGGAUCCCCAAUACCUACAGAUACAGGGGUAACAGGAGUAUCACAUGGUGCCUCUGGCUUCCAAGGAGUUUCUACACCAAGCCCCUUCCCAUCUAUCACUGUCCGAGGUGAGACAGGACUUGGUAGUGCUCAAUCACAGAUACCCGCUUUUGAUAAUACACAGAGUGUUGUUGGAUUUAGUACUCCUCAAACUCCAGUUGAUUUUAGUGCUCCUCAACCUGCUGGUUUUGGUGCUCCUCAACCUGCUGGUUUUGGUGCUCCUCAACCUGCUGCUGGUUUUGGUGCUCCUCAAGUUGCAAUUGAUUCAGGUGCACCUCAAACCACAGCUGGUAUAGGUGUUCCUCUGGCAACAGCUGGUUUUGGUGCUCCUCAGGCAGCAGCUGGUUUUGGUGCUCCUCAGGCAGCAGCUGGUUUUGGUGCUCCUCAGGCAGCAGCUGGUUUUGGUGCUCCUCAGGCAGCAGCUGGUUUUGGUGCUCCUCAGGCAGCAGCUGGUUUUGGUGCUCCUCAGGCAGCAGCUGGUUUUGGUGCCCCUCAAGAAGCAGCUGGUUUUGGUGUCCCUCUGGUAGCAGCUGGUUUUGGUGCCCCUCAAGCAACAGCUGGUUUUGGUGCCCCUCAAGCAGCAGCUGGUUUUGGUGCCCCUCAAGCAGCAGCUGGUUUUGGUGCCCCUCAAGCAGCAGCUGGUUUUGGUGCCCCUCAAGCAGCAGCUGGUUUUGGUGCCCCUCAAGCAGCAGCUGGUUUUGGUGCCCCUGAUAUUGUUGCUAACUUUGGGGCCACUCCAGGUGCCUUAGGUACACCUCAAGUUGUUGCUAACUUUGGUGCUCUUAGAGAUGAUUUAGGUCCAGUGCAAACCAGUUUCGGCAACAACCUAGGAGUUGCGAGUUUCGGAAAUACUCAAGGUGUCACAAAUUUUGCCUUCCCUAGCUCUCAGACAACAGCUGGUUUUGGAGCUCCUAUAGAUACAGCUGCUCUGGGGGCUCCUGAGGUUGCAGGUGACUUUGGUCCUCCCCAUGGUGCAGCUGGGUUUGGUAUUCCUCAAGACACAGUUGGCUUUGGUGCCCCUCAAGAUGCAGCUGGCUUUGGUGCUCCUCAAGAUGCAGCAGGAUUUGGUACUCCUCUAGGUCCAGUUGAAUUUGAUGUAACCCAGGGUGCAGUAGGUUUUGAUGUCACUCAGGAUGCAACAGGCUUUGAUGCCUCCCAGGGUGCAGUUGGCUUUGGUGCACCCCAGGGUGCAGUUGGUUUUGAUGCCUCCCAGGGUGCAGUUGGUUUUGGUGCACCCCAGGGUGCAGUUGGCUUUGGUGCACCCCAGGGUGCAGUUGGCUUUGGUGCACCCCAGGGUGCAGUUGGUUUUGAUGCCUCCCAGGGUGCAGUUGGUUUUGGUGCACCCCAGGGUACAGUUGGCUUUGAUGCCUCCCAGGGUGCAGUUGGUUUUGAUGCCUCCCAGGGUGCAGUUGGUUUUGGUGCACCCCAGGGUGCAGUAGGUUUUGGUGUUCCUCAGGAUGUAGCUGCUUUUGGUGCCCCUCAGGAUGCACUUGCCUCCGGUGCCCCUCAGGGUACAGUUGACAGCAGAACUUCUCUAGAUGCCUCUAACUUUGCUGUUCCUCAAGCUGAAUUUGGUUUAGAUACACAAGGCGGUAAUGCUUUUAGUGUUUCUAAUGUUGGUUUACCAACUCAACCAGGCAAUGCCGCUUUCAGUCCUCCAGGUGUUGGUGUGCCCUUAGCCAUCAUCAACCCUCAAGGCAAUUUUAAUCCUGUGGGAAUAGCAGGGGCAGAUUUUGGUCCCGCCAUCAACACCGGAGCAGGUUUUGGACCCACCCUCAACACUGGAGCAAACUUUGGCUUCGACAUUAAUGCAAUACCCUUUACCCCUGAAGAACAACAGGAGCUACUUGCUGCAGCAGGAAUCGGAACACCAGCAUUUGGUAACUUCAAUUUUCAAGUGAAGCGUGAUACAGCCAAAGCAAGUGAAAGUUCUGAAGAUGCGUCCUAACUUGUCCUCGUUAGAAGUGGUGCUGGUUGGGCCUUGCCUGGUGCCAGGCUCACCCAUUCACACUAGUCUUCCAGCACUGCUCUUUCAUAUUCACACUUCAGGAAGCUUGGGUCAAGUUCAUUGUCUACCUUUAUCUCUUCUGUCAUUUCCUAGUCUUUAUAAAGAUAAUGUUCAUGAUGUUAACUUUUAGUAUUAUGUCCAUGGCCCAGCAUCAAAAUAUCUGUCUUGCUGUACCUUUGCUUCUGUGUUACAUAUGUGUUCGUAUCUGGGGGAAACUGGUGAGUUCAGCGGGACAGGAAAUCACGAAUUAACUCCUUAUGUUUACUGAAAGAAAAAAGUCAUGAGAAAACAAUCAAAAGUCUUGACGUGUGUCCAGAUAUUUGGUUCACAAAGUACAAUUCCUUCCUCUUCUUUCCUCUGCACAACCACAGUUUCCAGGCUAUCAUCCUCCUUUACCCCUGUCCUUCGUCCCUCCUCUAUCCCCAUCAAAACACACUACUUGUCUGGACACCGCAUAUCCGCUUACGUGAUGAUCGCUCAAAACGUCCCAACAGACAAUCAGUUUCCUCUAAAUAUUUUGAUACUGUAUUUAUUUUUAGUA